AUGCACCUGUGCGCCCGUCGGGCGCCGCGCGCCGCGAGCUGCGGGCGACCGCCGCAGUCACGGCCGGGCCGCCUGGCCUUGCACAGGCCGAGGCAGGAAGAGCGCCGUCGACAGUUUUGCAAGAGAGGUGGAUUUUCUUGGCGAUCACAGGAGCGAAGAUCCAGACGGAGCCGGUUCCAUUUGGAGGGUGUUCUUUUACUGCUGUUGACGACGCUCGUGCUGGCGGCGCCCUCGGCCGGUCGGCCGUCUGAGAGGGUCCCCAGUCCAGCCGAGGAGUUGGUUGCGCUCGGUGACGGCAUCCCCGAGACAGCCAUCACAUUAGGAGAGGACACGGAGCGCCCGUCUGAAGCCGAUGUCGCCGCGGAGGGUCCCGCUGUGAUCGAGCUGCUGGAAGCUGUGGAUCCCUCCGAAAAUGAGGUGGAGGAGGUGGAGCCGACUGCCGAGGACGCCCUGCUGGAGGCGCGACACGCCCAGCUGAUUGCCGCAGGUCGACCGCUGACCGGCGCACACACUCCGACGGCCGUCAAAAUCAGGAAUCCGCGCUAUUUCCCUCUCGGCCUGCCUGGCUCCGGUGUCGGCGGCGGUAUAGGUGGCGGCGGCUACCAGCGGCUGUUCGGAGCCUACCCCAGUCUGUUCGGCGGCACCUACUUCAGCAUGCUGGGCGGUGUCUCCGAGGGCGGCCCCUUCCCCUACCCGCCAGUGCCCGCCUUCGGGUAAACCAAGCACUCAGGGCGGCCGCCGUCGGCCCCCCGUCACGUGACUGCAGCUCGACCAGCGGUAGCGCCGUGCACGGCCGGUGCCAAUGGUCACGUGAUCCUCAGUCGAGCGCUAGUCUGUUGUAUCAUCGUGUCAGAUUGAUGUGUCCUGGUGAUUUUGUCAUGGGGUGGGAAAUGGUUGUGUGAUUUGGGCUCAUUGUUCUCAUAUGUAGAUGCAUCUGAUCAUAGUCGGUUAUGUGCACAUUCUUCAAAGGAUGUGUGCCGACUGAAAUGGGUAUUUAGGGUUAACGUUUCAUGCAAGUUAUGUUCCGGGAACGAAGGGCAUUCGGAGCGACUGAUCGACGCUUGUGUAUCUAUAUUACCUCACACAUGGUUAGUUGAAACCUGUGUAUAGCUUGUGCGCCGUCUAUAUUUUACAUGGACAGCACCACUUAUUUGCCAUGCAAGUGAUAGCAUUUUAAGCGUGGAAUACCCGCUGGUGAUUUGUGCGAUGUUCAUCAUCAAAACGUUCAUCAUUACUCGCUUGCCGUAAAAAUGUGUCUUUAGCGGAAUAGUGACAUUGUCUGUCAUUGAUUAUAUUUGUAAAAGAUAUACCGAAUCAUUGCCAUUUCUUGUAAAUGACAUUGGAUGUUUUAGACUUUUGGGUACUUGUUCAUAACAAAAUAACUCGAUUAUUUUC